AAUGUCAAUAGUAUUCCUGUAGAUCAAAUUGACGUGAAUAUUUAGAUGGAAAACAUAAAGAAAAACAAAUUUAUAUAAAAUAAUUAAUAAUAAAUACAAUUUUCAGCAGAAAUGAUACAGGUCUUGAAUAUAAGAAAAAUAGAGAUCUCUUAAAAUUCACAGGAAUUAAGAUGUCCAGUUUGAGAAAAUCUGUACUGAAUAAACCUAGAGGUUUUGGAUUGAUGAGAAAUCCCGUAGAUUUCACCCCCUUGAAUCCUUCAGAAUAUUUCGAUAGUGAGGAGGAUAUUGUUACAAAUAAUGGAAGUUUUCAUAUAUAUAAAAAAGGAAACACUGGACCAAUUUUAUUUUGUCUUCAUGGAGGAGGCUAUUCUGGACUCACUUGGUCUCUUUUUGCAGUUGAAAUAUGUAAAAAUAUAGAAUGCCAAGUGAUAGCUAUAGACUUGAGGGGUCACGGAUUAUCAUCAUCAACAGAUGAUUCAAACUUGGCCCUUUCAACAUUAACUAAGGAUGUUGAAGAUGUAAUUGGAAAAAUACGUGAGGACAAUGAUGUACCCAUUAUUCUUAUUGGUCAUAGUAUGGGAGGAGCUGUAGCAGUAGAUGCGGCCCAUUUCAUAGACUCUAUUGCAGGACUUUGUGUUAUUGAUGUGGUUGAAGGUACAGCAUUGGAAGCUUUGUCUUCUAUGCAAAAUAUACUUAGGGGAAGACCGUCUAGCUUCAAGAGCUUAGAAAAUGCUAUACAAUGGUGUUUUAAAAGUGGUCAGACUAGGAAUAUUGAAGCUGCUCGUGUUUCUAUGCCUGGCCAAGUAGUCAAAGUUGAUAAAGUGGAUCCUGUUAUCAAUGAUAUGUCUAAUAACUUGGCAAUUCAGGAGGAAGUUGAUGAAUGUGAUGAAAUAAAAGAAGAAAAUUUUGCCAAACCUCCUCUACCAAAGAAAUUGGCAUCUAUUCCUGGAGUAAGCUCUAUAUCAUCCACACCUUCCAGUAUUUAUACUUGGAGAAUUGAUCUUAAGAAAACUGAAUCUUUUUGGACUGGCUGGUUUCAAGGCUUAUCGCAGAAAUUUUUAGAAUUGCAACUACCUAAAAUAUUACUUUUAGCAAAUGUAAAUGGUUUAGAUACAGCUCUCACAGUAGGUCAAAUGCAAGGUAAAUUCCAGUUCAAAGUUCUUAGUAAAUCUGGCCAUGCAAUUCAUGAAGAUCAACCACAUCAGGUAGCUGAGAUAAUUUCUAUUUAUUUAGUAAAGCAUAAGUUAGCCAACCCUAAGGACGAUUUUGAAGUGCCUUUACCAAAAUUGUUUGCUUGAUGUUGAAAGUCCUUAUUCUAUAAAAACUCGCACAAUAUGAAAAUAGUAUUAAUGUGAUUCAUAUGUAAAUAAUAAUUUAAUAUCCUUAA